UCUCUUGAGUCCGUCAAUUGGAAUGAUCAAUUAAAACGUCGCUUCGGGUUACGUGAGCACGGGCGGCCGCGACCAAGCCUUCGAGAGAAAGAGAGGAAUCAUCGUCGCGGAGAGAAAUACAUACGUACGUCCGAACAGAGUGAGUCAGCCGUCCAGUUGGUGCGAUAGGCGAGACGGUGAGACCAUAGAUUUCGGGGCGGAGCGACAGCGACGACAACAGUCUUUGCGGGAGUCGGUCGAGUGGACUCGACGCGAUUCGACGCGACUCGUCGCGACUCGAAUCGUCUGUCUUCCGCUGCUCCCACGUGCCGCGCACCGCGGUGCUACUUGAAUUUUAACGAGACAGAAGCAUUCUCGCCAGUCGCCUUCCCUUUGCGGCGGCGUCGCCCCUCGAUCGUUUGCCCCGACGGAAACGGAAACUGUGAAAAACCCCCCAGUGAACGAUCGGUGCACGGAACCAGUGGAUAAGACUCGGAAGUAUCGAAUCAUGAAAACUCUGAUCUCGUCGCGGCUCGAUCGGACGUCGCGCCCCGAGAUGAAAAAUCCGUUUCGUCGUCGAGAGUAAUCGAAAGGAUCGAUCGAUCGCAGAUCGUGAUCGCGCCGCGCUGCUUCGGGGCGCGUCGAUGCGAACGCUUUCCGAAAGUAAAAGUGCUGCGCCAAAGAUUCUCGACGUGCAAUUACAUCGUUCAUUCGAUGCGCCUCUUCCGUGACGCUUCGUGCAUAGAAUGUUUUCUUAUCGGCCGCGUAUCUGUCACCGCAUCCUGCACGAUUAUAGCACGCUCGAUGAGCAAUCGUAACCGCCUGACACGGACUUCUUCUAGAAAAAUCGUUUAAUUUCGUUCGGCAAAUAUCGGCCGAUUUCGGCAUUUCGCCGUGCACAGUUGUCGCGGCGAUUAUGCAAACCGUUCAAACGAAACACGCGACCAUGGAUUUCGAUCGCGAGCUUACCGGAAUACUUCGAGAAUUGGUGCAGUUUUUGGAAUGCCUGCACGAAAUCAAGCUUCCGGUCACGUUGGAGAAUCUCCGGAACAAUCUGCUGACACGUUCGAAGCAGUCUCUGACAACUUUCAUGAUCAAGAAAUUCGGGACACGAUCAUCUCCUGAACCGUAUUUGAACAUGACUCCAGUCGCGCCGAAAGGUUUGAUGCCGGCCAUCGAGAAGGAAGGCGAGCUCGAGGAAUACGUGGGAGCGGAGGAGCCGCAGAAACAAAAGCAGCAACACGAUUAUUACGAGAGCUUCCAAACGGUCGAAGCGAAUCAUGCGGCGGCUGCGGCCACCGCCUCCUCUGUUGCCCCCUCCGUUUCCCCCCGGGACAAAGAUGAGAAGAUUGAGAAUACGCUGAUAGAGAUUUACGCGAAUAUUCCGGCGGCCGAGACCAAAAGUAAAUGCCGAAAAUGCGGUCCGCUUUACAGAAAGGACGGAAAGAUUCUGUUCCUUUUUGAACCGUAUCGAAUGUGCUGGGUUGCUAUGAUAGGAUCGCAUCUACUGAUCUAUGGAAACGAUCGAGACAAUCGACCGCACAUGAUUUUACCUCUUCAUAAUUACAUGGCUCGGGCUGCACCGAACGCUGAUCAACGAAGAAGCGAGUCCACCUUCGAAAUCUUUUCUCCCGGCAGCAGGACCUACCAGUUUGUUGCCAGAACACCGAAGGACAUGCAACAGUGGGUGGCGAAGAUCUGCGAAUUGAACAUUGACGGAAGGGACGAAAUCACGGAACUUACGAAAGUUUCGGCGGCCGUCCCCCCGGAAAUCGAGGCUCGCUCGAGUAUAAACCUCGAUCCCGAUCGUAAAGAGGAACAAUACCAAGACGUAGGAUGUUUCAGCAUCGACGGACAAGAGACGGAGAUCGAUGGAUACUUUGCCGCUACCAAUGCCGACGAACAACUGGUCGACCCAUCGAAGAGCACGCACGCGGAUCUCGCCAAUUUUCCUUCGUCCACGAUGCCUGCUGCUCUUCCUGCUUCUCCCGUGUUUUUCUCUGGUCCUCCGUUACCUGCGCGAAUCCCACGAAGGCUGCCGUCUCUGCCUGUCAGCGGUUCGUCGAACUCCCCGUCCUAUGUGCCACAGAACGAAGAAGAGGACGAGAUCUAUCAUAAAAUCGAAGACUUCAGAAACAAGUCGACGACGGACAAACCCUGCUACGGUAACAUAGGGUCAGCUAAAAACACGAUCCACGACACUUGCACCAACGAUGCUCAAGGGAAUCAACUUUCAAUUUGCAACGGCGUUACCUCGAGUAAAAAAGAUUCGAGUGCGUUGGGUGGAAGACCGAAAAAAAAUUCGGGGAAUAAGAACGACAUCGGUAGCGGCGCCGGUUCUCUUGUACCCGCGUCAACCGACGAUAACGCCGCGCAUAUCAAUGGACAAGACGAGUCUUACGACGACGUCGAGAGUCUGCUGUCGAAACCGGUACUGCGGCGGCCAACAGCCCAUAAAGUGGAAGAAUCGAUGAAGUCGCCGCAGAAGAAGUCCUUUUUAGAUCGUAUGCGAAGCCUGAAGGAAUCCCCGCGAAAAACCGAAAAGAAAACGAAAGGCAAAGUUGUAGCGCCAUCGACCGUAGACACCGAACGCUUGUCCACUUACGACGACGUAAGCGAUUUGAUCGAUUCACAACAGAUUAAACGAACCAUUCUUUCGGAGGAAGAGAAAAGAAAAGAAACGGAAGAAAAUGAAUCUGAGUACAAUUUCCCGCCACCGCCUAAACCGAUUUACACGCAUCCUCCUCCUGUUGCGGACGCAAUCGCGAUCUAUCAAGAAGGACUUUACGACGAUGUAAGCUGCUGUCGAAGAAACUACGAAGAGCAAGACAAGCGGCAACUACACCGUGUCGUGGAAUCCUCCGGGAAAUCGAAUCAUGUCGGGGAGACUGUUCGACGGAAACUCGAUACCUCCGUACCAGGCGACGGUAUCGACCGACCGAAGUCCCAAGCGUCGUUCAAAGAAAUCGAACACUAUCAAACGCCUCGCCCGAACUCGAAUCACCGUGAAUACCCCGCCGAUCAACAGGAGGAACUCUACGACGACAUUGCAAUACUCGCGGAAUUUACGGCUCGACAGAAAGAAUUUCGGAACAGCAGAGACGGCGAACAAACUACGAGAGCGCAAGCUAGUCCAGAGAAAAGAUCCUGGAAUCGAUUCGUUGGUGGGAAAAGGUCGAAACCGGUAGAUUCUAUUACAGUUGAAGAAACGAAUACGACUCAAACCUCGAAUGGAACGGAAACCACGGACGAUUUAGCCCAGACUCGAAUGAACUCUUUCAAGAAAUUAAUCAGCAAAAUGGAGAACUCUCUCGGUAAGGCAUCCGUUAAAACGACGUCAACGACGCUGUCCAACAGAACGAAUGCUACCGACAACGCGUAACGGUAACAGUUCGAUUCUAUGAUCGCCGUACGUGGGCGUAAUCGCUUCGAAUUUUCUCAUUUUUCAAAUAGAAUCGUAACGAAGAUCUACGCGAACCAAAGAUUCAAGACUAAUACAUACAUAUAAUUGUUUCGAUAAAAAGAAACUGUUCCGUUGCACGAAAGACUUUCGUACAUGUAAUUGUUUUUAAUUUUUUAUAAUAAAUAACGGAAUCCUUGAUUCACAUAAUAAUAAUGAUGAUAAUAAUACGAACGACACAACAUAUUUUAAGACAAAAGUUUGCGUAUCGAUCUUGUAACUUGUUCAGUCCGAGACAAGCGAUGUAAGUUUAUUUACUUGGUAGAUCGCCAACAUCUCCCCUGAAGCUGUUUUCAUAGACAUGGUACAAAUCUUUGUAAAUACUUUCGGUCCAGUUAAUCGCAGUCCGUACAGAGGAACGAUACAUGUCAAUACUCUGUUCCUGAAACGCUUUCAAAGGUAUACCAGUAUUCCUUUCUGCAUAGUUUACGAGUGCGUCGCAUUGCUCCGAAUACAUUGGUAGCACUACUAUCGUCAGAAUGGCAAUAAUAAAACUCAAAAGGAAAAGUCGUA